AUGGCUCCGAAUGAGAAUCCUUUCUUCUUGCACAGCUUCGAUCAUGCGGGGAUGAGUAUUGUCUCUGAUCGUCUCUCGUCUGGAGCAGACUUUUAUUCUUGGCGAAGGUCAGUUCAAGUAGCUCUUAAUUUUAGGAAUAAACUUGGAUUCAUUGAUGGAACUCUCAAGAAACCUGCUGAUGAUCAUCGUGAUUUUGGUACUUGGUCACGCUGUAAUGAUAUUGUAUCCACAUGGAUUAUCAAUUCCGUUGAUAAGAAGAUUGGUGCUAGUUUGUUGUUCAUUCCUACCGCCGAAGGCAUCUGGAAAAAUCUCAUGUCUCGCUUUAAACAAGAUGAUGCACCGCAUAUCUUUGAGAUAGAACAAAAGCUCAAUUCUAUUCAACAGGGUUCAUUGGAUGUUACUUCAUAUUAUGUUACUUCAUAUUACACUCUUUUGGUGACUUUAUGGGAAGAGUACAAGAAUUAUGCCGAGCUACCUGUUUGCACUUGUGGUAAAUGUGAAUGUAAUGCAGCUGCUUUGUGGGAAAAGCUACAGGAACGGAGUCAAGUGACUAAGUUCUUGAUGGGUCUCAAUGAGUCUUAUGCAUCCACACGAAGGCACAUUCUGAUGCUAAAGCCUAUCCCAAGUAUAGAAGAGGCUUUUAACAUGGUGACUUCUGAUAAAAGGCAGAGGUCGAUCAAGCCAAAGCCUGAUACCAUGAUCUUUCAAACAUCUGCUCCCACUCAAGACAAUGUUGUUUAUCUAGCUCCUUUCGACAAUGUUACUUUUGCUGCUAUUCAGAAUACCUAUCACCCUCGAGGUUCUCGACCUUUAUGUACCCAUUGUGGUCAAACUGGACAUGUGGUACAAAAGUGCUUCAAGCUCCAUGGUUAUCCUCCGGGUUACAUACCAGGAUUCAAGAGCACUUUUGCUAACUACCAAGCAGCGAAUCAGCAGCGAGCAUCCGCACCGGGGAAUCAAUUCCGAGGACAUUCACCUAACCCUCGACCUCCAGUACACACGGUUGCAAAUGUUGUUACAAAGACUUCUUCUCAUUUGCAAUCUGCUCCUGCUGCUGCCUCCAAUCUUGAUGUGAGUACUCUGACAGGUGAUCAGAUACAAACCCUUAUUCAACAACUGAAUGCUCAGGUUAAACCUUUGGAUGGUCCAGUUUCAUCUUCUCAAGUCUCGUCCAUUAAAGAACAUGGUGCUAUGGCUAUUCAGUCUUCAUCUGGUAAUCCUUUAACAUUUCCAACUCGUUUUUCUUCCUCCUCUUUACGUUUUGAGAACAACUGCCUUACUUUUCAACAUCAAUGUCUAUCAUCUCUAUCCAAACACAUUCCUCAUGGUAGUUGGAUCAUAGAUACUGGAGCAACUAGCCAUGUUUGCUCUGAUUUGACCUUUUUUAGUGAAACAGUUACUAUCUCAAGUGUCACAGUCUCGUUACCGAAUGAGGCUAAGGAGUCUAUUCAGGACUUGAUGAUUGGUAAAGACUACUUGUUACAUAAUCUUUACGUUCUGCAUCUUGAUUCGUCUCCUGCAAUCAUCCCUGAGUUAUUGGCAUCCGCAUCUCCUGCUCAUUUCACUGGAUCCUUGGAAGUCGAUGGACAUCUUUGGCACCAACGCCUUGGACAUCCAUCUCCUGACAAGUUAAAGCUUCUUACUGCUUCUUCUCCUUUCGAUCUAGUCCAUUUAGAUAUCUGGGGACCUUUUUCUGUUGAGUCUAUAGAGGGAUAUAGAUACUUCCUUACAAUAGUUGAUGAUUUAUAA